AUGAUAGCUCGUCACUCUCUCAGAGCUUUUCAACCUCGACCUGGUUUGUCUUAUGUCAGUCGCUCAGCCACUGUCGGCUUCAAUCAAUAUUCGAUCCAGCAGACAAGAUCAUUUCUCGACUCUUUGCUGAGCUCGACACUGGGCCCUUGCCCGCUACGUACUUUGUCACACACAAAGAGGUUGCCGUAUCCGCCCAACUUGAUCUUCAAAGCUGUCGCCGAGGUCUCAGGCUAUCCAGCAUUUCUCCCCUUCGCCCUCUCGUCACAUGUCACAUCGCGAGACCCAGCUGGUUAUCCUACCCGGGCAAAGUUAAAAGUCGGUUAUGACAAGUUCGGACUGGAGGCGGAUUGGGACAGCAUUGUCUCAUGCGACCCCAACAAUGGGGUGGUCGAAGCGAAGAGCAGCGACGAGAGCAGUAACGGCCUGUUCGAAUUGUUGAACACCAAAUGGCACAUCGUGCCUACGGAUGGCGCCAACAAAGAUUCUACUUCUGUCAAGCUAGACGUUGACGUCAAAUUUCGGAAUCCGAUAUAUGAUCAAAUGUUUUCCCAAGUGGAAGGGAAAGUUGCAAGCCUCAUGAUAUCCGCCUUCGAGAAGAGAGUGGAAGAGCUGCAGAAGAAAGGGAGCUGA